GAUGCUUGUGGUUAUAACUUCAUUCAAGGCCAUUUUCCAGACGAGAUAAACACACCUGAUGGGUUGAUUGUUGCACAUCGAUAUCCUUAUGCCAAUAGCUCUUAAUACUUUUUUUUUCUGAAUCUUAAUCACAAAAUUGUACGGGGCGUAGAAUCUUCAUCUUCAUAACCAAGCCCGAAAUACAGCAUCAUAUAAACUCUAUUAGUCACAUUAGUUUUGAUACAGUAGUAUAUAUUGGAAUCUCCGAUCACAAUUUGGUGGAGCUUUGGACUGCUCUUUACACCUCAGUUAACUAUCUCACAGUUCAGCAUCCUCGAUUUGUUACCAUUGUUCCUUUGCACCCAGAAAAUGAUCAAACAGAAUGGACUGGAAUGGGUAGCCAAGACAUUUGGUCUCGAGCCGCGUUGGACAUCUGAGCCGGAUAUCGCAAAAGUCGAAUCAAUCGCUCGAAAGCACCUCAACCUCAAAGAAAAUGAUUUCUGCCAUCUUAGCUUUUAUACUGAAGGGGCUUUCAAUAAACUAUACAAAGUCGAGACUGAAGGUGAAUGCUUCUUAGUUCGUGUUACAUUGCCUGUCGACCCCUUCAACAAAACAAACAGUGAGGUGGCAACUAUCAACUUCAUUCGCCAAACUACGGAUAUACCGGUGCCUCAGAUUCUUGCGUUUGAUGAUACUAAUGAGAACGAGCUUGGGUUCGAAUGGAUACUAAUGACUAUGCUACCUGGUGGGAAUUUGCGAACGAAAUGGAGGAAAUUGUCCCGAGAUUCCAAACAGAAUUUGGUCAAGCAGAUUGUACGAUACCAAGCCCAGCUUUUCCGUCACAAGUUCUCUACUAUUGGCAACAUAUUUAUUACCCCAGAAUCUCAACUUGAAAAAGGGAGUCUGUCUUCCAAUAUAUUAUCAAUUGAUGCCAAAGGAACACCACAAGAUUCACAACAGAUAUCACUUACUCCAAGGCAAAUAGUGUCAAUGUUCUUCUUCUGGGGAGAUCACAUUACACAAGAUGUGCCCCGAGGACCAUUCACCAACAGCAAAGACUGGCUCUGCGCUCGUCUCACCUUGGCCAUUACCGACCAGGAAAGAAUUCUCAAAACAACCGACGACGAAGACGAGAUUGAAGACGCGCAGGACGCCAAAAUCCUCGCCGAGAGACUUCUUAAACUACUUCCCAGCGUUUUUCCUACUGCUAACUCUAUUCCAGAGCAAUCUGUGCUCUUCCACGACGACUUAUCUUCGCGAAAUAUCCUAAUAGACGAUGACGGCACCGUCACCGGAAUCGUCGACUGGGAGUGCGUCUCCACACUCCCAUUAUGGAAAGCCUGCGAGUUCCCAGAAUUCCUUAAAGGGAGGGAAAGAAACGAGGAGCCGAACAGAAACCAGUACUCUCCAGAUGACGAGGAAAACGUCAACGAGUCUGCAACAGACGCGCUUGAUAAUGAAGGAAUUAACGAGCUCUAUUGGGAGCACCUUUUAGAGUACGAAUCGACAAUGCUCCGCGCCCUUUUUCUAGACGAAAUGCAGAAAAUUGCACCAGAAUGGAUCGAAGAGUCUACGAAAGGGGCAGUGAAAGCAGAUUUUGAAGCGGCGGUGCAGAGUUGCGAUGGUGGAUGGUCUGUAAAGCAAAUUACGGCGUGGCUUGAUGCACUUGAGAAGGGCGAGAAUUGGAGUUUGAGAAAGAAGCUUAUUGAGUAGGUUUAGACUGCUAUGGUUUCUUUUUUCCCCACAUACAAUUUCUUAGUUGAAAUGGAAUUAUGAGAUAGAACUACUUUAUCCUGCGUUGUCUCACUUUACAUGAUUCUCGAUAUACUGUGAAAUAACAUUGUACCAGUGGUUUAGUUUAGUUUUCCUUUCUUCCUAGAUACGCCUCUUAUUGUUAUAUACCUAGGUAGCUGCAGAGCCUCUAAUCCCAUUCGGGACUAAAUGGGCGAGGCCCACGAUAACCUCAUCCUUCUCUGCACUACCGACACCUUCCUACCUUAGUCAACUCAAUAUUAAUGCUGUACCCUCCUACUUCCCACACCUUUUGUAGUAAUCAUUAUACUCUAUAAGGCCAUUUCCUUAGUAAAUAUCAAUAUUGGCGCA